UUAUUACAGAUACUCACUAUUGAAAAAUUAAAUGCCUUGUUUACAAUCCUUGAAGCCUUUGGGAACAGCAAAACGCAUAUGAAUUCCAAUGCGACCCGAUUCACACAAAUAUUCAGCUUAGACUUUGAUCAGUCUGGGCAAAUAGCUUCUGCGAGCAUUCAAGUUUUGCUGCUAGAAAAAUCACGAAUAGGAAGACGGAAUAACGGUGACCCGACUUUUCACAUUAUUUAUCGAUUGCUCGCUGGAGCAGAAGGACAAUUGCGUAAAGAGUUGUACCUCGGUAAUUUAGUGACCGAAAAUAAUCCCUUUAUUACACCGCUGCAGAAGCACGAAGAAAAACAACGCGCUGUUGUCGAUUUCAAUCGCAUUGUUGGAGCAUUUAAAAUAUUAGGACUGUCGGAAGCUGAUGAAAAAGUCAUCUGGACAGUUAUUGCAGGUAUAUAUCACUUGAGUUGUGCUGGUGCUGUAAAAACAAAUGUUAAUUCUCAAUCAAGCCGUUGGCAAUUCGCUCGAGCGGAGUGCGCUGAAAAAGCGGCCAAUCUUUUGGGCACGAGUGUUGAAGAACUCAGUAGAAUAAUAUUUUCUUCGAACGCCGACGGGAUUACAACAACUGCUGGUAGUGGUGGUGGUGGUGGUGGUGGUAGCAGAGGCUCUUUACGAGCAUCGAGUCCCAUUGAUAGUGCUUCAAAUUAUUCAGGACUUGACGCCCUUGAGGGAUUUAUCGUUGGUCUUUAUACAGAAGUAUUCCAUUGUGUUGCUUCGCUUAUCAAUAAAGUAAUAUCAUCUCCUGUCCACACGGUAUCCUCGCUUUUGCUUUGUGAUACACCUGGAUUUCAAAAUCCAGCCUCGUGUGGUCAUCAAACUGGUGCUAACUUUGAAGAUCUCUGUCAUAAUUAUUUACAAGAGCGUCUUCAAUUAUUAUUUCACUAUUCUAGCUUAGUAGCUCCGAAAAAUCGGUAUAUUCAAGAGGGAAUAAAUAUUGAACACGAUGAAGAUUAUGACGAAGAAAACAGCGGUGUUGGAUCACCACAAGAUCUUAUUUCGCUUGUUGACCGCGGUCAGCAAAAUACUGCGACCAUGAUACGUUCGAGCCAAAAUGAUCUGACCGGUAGAUUUCAGGGAGAGAAAAAAGGACUUUUGUGGCUUCUUGAUGAAGAAGCUGUUUGCGCUGGAGGCAGCGAUGAAUCUUUUAUGGACCGGUUAUUUUCGUUGUACGGUGAUCGUGAUUAUCAGCUUUUACUGAGAAAAGCUCCCGGUAAUAACCAAUUUGUUCUUCAGCAUUUGCAAGGGACCAAUCCAGUAUUGUACACUGCUACCGGAUGGUUAAAGGCCACUCGGGAAAAUCCAGUUACUAAAAGUGCCAUUAAUAUUUUACAAGAAAGCACGAGAGAGGAUGUCAAUAGACUUUUUGUUCAAGUACGAAGUACUGGAAUUACUGGAGCACUAAUGACUAGUUCCAUAUCCGGAUUAGAAGGCUCACAAUCAUUAAGAAGAGCUUCUAGUAUUCGACGAACAUUCACAACAGUUAAAAGGAAAAGCGCUUGUCUUCAAAUUAAAUUCACUGUUGAUGGAAUAAUUGAAACAUUGAGACGGACUCGUGUUAAAUUUGUCCACUGUUUAUUACCCCAACACAACUCAGGCUGCACUGACAAAUCAUUUGUCACGAUGAAAUUACCGAAAAAUGAUAAUGGUGUUAUUAACGUUCCACUACUACGUUCACAAAUUCGUGGCGGGCAAAUAAUUGAUGCAAUGCGUCUUCACAAAGUCGGAUUUCCAAAGCAUUUACCACUCGGUGAAUUCAGACGCCGCUUUGGAUUACUUUCUAGUGAUUAUGCGGCUAAUGUACGCUCAUCAAGUCCUGUCGAAGACGAACGUAGAGUUGUGGAAGACAUGCUAUUGACUAUGGACGUCGACGCUGCGUCUUACCGCGUUGGUCAGAGUCAGAUAUUCUUCAGAGCCGGUGCUCUAGAGCGACUUGAGUCUCAACGAGAUGAGAAGUUGACGGGCCAUAUUGUGCUUUUGCAAGCGAGAUGUCGAGGUUACUUGGCGCGGAAAAAACUCAAUACACUAAAGCUUCAAGAUUUGGCUGUAAGAUGCAUACAGCGAAAUGUGAGGAAGCUUAUGUCUGUUCGUGAGUGGCCUUGGUGGAGACUCUACGUAAAAGUAGCGCCUUUAUUAAAUGUUCAUCGCACUGAAGAUCAAUUGAAAGCACGAACGGAAGAGCUAGAGUUAUUGAGAGCUAAAGUUGAAAAAUUGGAACAAGAAAGAAAUCAUCUUAAGCACGACAAUGUAAAAUUGGAAGCUAAACCCACCGUGUAG